AUGCCUUGGAUGCCAGUUCUUCUCAAAGCAACAUCACAUCCCAGCUCAGGCUCUGUGGACGAUCCCUCCAUCCUGGUGGGACCCCUGAAAACAGCGCACGGCGGCUACACCCAUAUAUUCAUCGCCAUUGACAAGUUCACCAAGUGGAUCGAGGUGAAGCCGGUCUCUUCCAUGUCAGUAGCCAAGGCAGCCGAGUUCAUCCAGGAGAUAACGCACAGGUUCGGAGUGCCCAAUCGGAUCAUCAUAGACCUGGGCACCUCUGUCACUGGAUCGGAAUUCUGGGACUUCUGUCAGGAAAGCUGCAUCGAUGUGUACUACGCCUCCGUGGCUCAUCCCAGGUGCAACGGCCAGGUGGAACGCGCUAAUGGCUUGAUCCUCCGGGGGCUCAAAGCCAGGAUUUUCGACCCGAUCGAAAAAUACAUCUCCAAGUGGAUCCAGGAACAACCCAAAGUAGUAUGGGGGCUGCGUACGCAGAGAAGCCGGGGCACUGGCUACUCCCGCUUCUUCAUGGUCUACGGUUCUGAGGCUAUCCUCCCGACGGAUAUUGCCUUUGGUGCUCUGCACACCCAGAACUACGACAAAGGCGAGGCCGAAUCAACUCGGCGAACAGACCUUGACUCGGCCGAGGAGCACCGUCUGACGGCAGCCCUCCAGCACGCCCGGUACGAGCAGCAGCUAUGUCGUUAUCAUGACAAAAACGUCCAGCAACGCGACUUCAACGUCGGCGACCUGGUACUCCGAUAG